AUGCCCUACGUCGACGUCCACCUCGGCUCCGACCACGCGACCUUCUUUUACCUCACCAACUCCGGCACAGGUUACGCCUCCGGAAUCGACCCCUCAAAACCGACCAUCCUAUUCCUCCAUCCCGACCUUCUCGACACGUCCUGGCUAGGUCAACAGUUUGGCGACCCGAGGCUGGAUGAGCAGUUCAAUCUGAUCUCGUUCGACCGGAGGAAUGCGGGGAAGACGCAGUCGAGGUUUAAUCCGAAACUGGACUCGUAUACGGAUGCGGUAGAUGUUGCUGUGCUUUGUUUGCAAUUGCAACUUCCGCCGGUGCAUGUCUUGACUUCGGGCCCGUACAGCGGUGAUGUGGGCGGGCGCUUCUGCAUGCUCUUCCCAGAACUGGCCAAGUCCUUGACAAUGAUCAGCCCAGGAGCAGGACGAAAUCCCGAUGGUGCGACAAGUGCGCUCGCGGAAAUGUUCCAUCUAUGGGAGACCGCACCUGAUGUCCAAACGCUCGAGUUCAGCCUACACCAGAUUGUUGAGCUCAUAUGCGGCACAAAUGUCAACCCAGAUCUUGCUGACGACCUCAUCGCGUACUACGAAACAAACUAUCCACCCGUGCGCGCGGCGCGACUGGGUCAGAUAGCGGAUUCUGUGGUUAACCGCCUGCCGCUGACGAAGCUGGAACUGGCGUCUAUCACCAUACCCUGUCUGCUAAUACACGGAGACAACCACAGCCUAUGGCCCAAAUCCAAAAUCGACGCCAUGGCAGCCGACAUGGUAAGGGUACCAGACGGCGGAGCCAGAGUAGUCACCGUCAAAGGCGGCAAAGGCUACAUGGCAAUCCAACCCGAAUUUGCAUCCGUCAUCAACCGCGUCUACACCCAAUUCCUUGACCGCCUACCACGGCACGACCAAAACCUCCGCGCACCUCCCUCCCCUCUCUCCCGACGACUCCGUCAAGCCCUCGACGACCUCGACUCGCUGACAGGCGCAACCGACGCUCGUGAAGACGACGUGCUGAAUAGCAUGUCGUUCUCCCGCUCGUCGUUCAAGGCGCAGCAGGCGGCUGCCAAGAUGCAUAGGAGGUUCGAGGAGAAGCAGAAGACGGCGUAUAAUCCGCUUACGAGUAAUGGGAGGCCGAGACAGAGGUACUCGGAGAGGAAAUUCGAUCACUGGUUCCAUGUUGAUGCGGAUGGGAUGUCAUAUGCGAGGCGGGUUCAUGAGUCUCGUAGUUGA